AUGGCGCGGGCGCUUGGGUACAUCGAUUUCUACGACUACAAGGUGACCCAGGCCGAGGGCUUCGGCAAGGCGCGCGUCUUCGAGAUCCUGGACACCCUGGAAGUGGGCACGCGCUCGCAGUUGGAGCGCGCGCGCGCGAUGCUCGCGGAGGAGAAGGGCGAGGCUGCACUGGAACCGUGGAACACCGGAUACAUGCUCGCCGGCGACGUGAUCAAGCGGCUCGACCCGUACUUCCCGUUCGAGAAGGCCAUCGACGUGUGGGCCCGCUCGUUCGCCGCGCUGGGCAUCAAAUUCCGCGGCUCGACCAUGACGCUGGACCUGCUCGACCGGGCGGGGAAGUACUCCAACGGCUUCUGCCACUGGCCGCAGCCCGCCUGGGAGCGCGGGGACGGCUCGUGGCAGCCCGCCGCCGCGAACUUCACGUCGCUGGCGGACCCGAGGCAGGUGGGCUCCGGCCACACCGCGCUGACGACGCUGAUGCACGAGGCCGGCCACGCCGCCCACAUGGCCAACGUCGUGCAGCCGUCGCCGCUCUUCGCGCAGGAGAGGGCGCCCACCUCCGUGGCCUACGCCGAGAACCAGAGCAUGUUCCUGGACUCGCUCGUGUCGGACGCGGCCUGGCGGGGCCGCUACAUGCGGGACCGCGCGGGCAACGCGGCGCCGUGGGAGCUGCUGGAGGAGGACCUCCGCUCGCGGCACCCGUACGCGGUCUUCGCCCUGCGCAGGAUGCUCUCCGUGCCGUACUUCGAGAGGGCCCUGUACGAGCUGCCCGAGGAGGAGCUCUGCUCCGAGCGGAUCCAGGAGCUCGCGGCGGAGGUCGAGGAGCGGGUGGGCGGCGGCGCGGCGCCGCUGCCGCUGAUGGCGGUGCCCCACAUCCUCUCGGACGAGGCGAGCUGCUACUACCACGGCUACGUCCUCGCGGAGAUGGCGGUGCACCAGACCCGCGCGCACUUCCUCGAGGAGCACGGGUCCAUCGUCGACAACCCGGCCGUGGGCCCCGCGCUGGCGGAGGGCUACUGGCGGCCCGGGAACAGCGCCGCGUUCCUGGACCUGGUGGAGGGCCUCACGGGCAAGCCCCUCACGGGCGACGCGUGGCAGCGCAAGCUCUCGCGCCCCCUCGAGGAGGUGCUCGAGAGCGAGAGGCGCGACUACGAGGCGGCCGUGCGCCUGGGCGCCGCGGCGGCCGGCGACGUGGACCUCGACAUGCGCGUGCGGAUCGUCGACGGCGACGAGCAGAUCGCAGACAGCGACGCGGACGGCUCCUUCGCGGCGGCCGCCGCGAAGUUCGAGCAGUACGUCCAGCAGCGCGUGGCCGCAGAGGCGGCCGCCUGA